AUGAGGUCAGUGUUCGGAAUGCAGUCACGAAUUCUGGAGCUGGUGGAGCAGUUGGCCUACGUGGUGAACAAGGACGGGAGCGAGCCGGUGAUAACGCCGGAGAUGGACGUGCGAUUGAUGACUGUGGGGGUGCGCCGCAAAGGCGUGUUGGUGGAUCGGCUCAGCCUGCUCGCAGUGGCGCCCAAAACGCGGCUGUGCGCCCUCGACAACGUAACACGGGCAUCCAACUUAAGGAAGGGCGGUGAGCCGCGCUCGCGGGGGUUGGCGUUCAGCGUCACGAACGAACGCAGAGGCUACCAGCGGCUGGAAGCGGAGUCGGUUGACGAUGAGGGAGAAGACUUCGGUUUCGAUGUGCUGCGAGAUUGCGUACGAUUUCGAACGUUCUUGCACGAAGGCAAGCCUGCCCCCCACACGGAGAGGAUGUUGGCGGCUGGCCUGAAGAGGAUGUUUCGAGCGGUGACGGUGGCGGACUGGGAGGACUCGGAUAAGGCAAAGAGGAUUUGGGAGGACGUCUUUGGCCAACCAGAGCUUGACCCUCGGCAUCCCCACCAGUCGGCCCACCAGUCGGGCCACCAGUCGAGUCAUCAUGAGUCGGAUCAGGGGGAGUUGGAGGUAUGUUUUUCGCGCGAGCUGACGGAGGGCGAGUGGAUCGAGUUGUCGCCGAAUGUGCCAGAGAGUUGGCGCGACGCGGCGGCUGCGUUGUUGCCAAAGUCACUGUUGGAGCCGCGGCCGAUGUUUGAAGCGGAAGCUUCUGACUCAGCGUUUAGGUUAAUGCUGGGGGAAACGGGUUGGAUUGAGCCGCCGACCGUGACCCCGAUGUCGCAGAGAAGCCGCUGGACCAAGUGGGCGCACGCGGCGAAGUGGGGCACAGGAGUGUUCUUGACCUUGUCUGUUGGUUUCGGAUUGGUGAAAGCGGUUGAAAUGUUCGUGGAUGGGUGGUCCGGUCCGUCCCCGAGUACGCCGCCGAGUACGUCCCCGAGUGCCCCCCCGAGGAACUUGACGGACACGUACAGGUUGACAACUGAAGACCUCGUCCUCUUGGAGCGACCAAUUGAGGAGUGUGAGCCGUUUACGCCAGUACCAGUUAUACUGCGUUGGGCACCGGCACCUGACGUGUGCAGUGGCGGCGGUGGUCAUAUGGUUUGCCGUAUGAAGGCUGGACAUGGCAAUCCGAAACGGAACAUCUGCUAUCGAUUCGGUUUGGACCAAGGGCACACCUUUCGCAGCAUUUGGCAGGCAUUCAUAGAAAGUCCCCUCGCCACAUACUGUGGCCCUGUUUGUAACUCCAAGCGGGAACUUGAAACCCUAAACCAGCAAAUCAUCGAUAUACUUGGCACGAACCACACACUUAGCACACUUGACAUCAGCAAUCUUGACAUCAGCAAUCUUGACAUCAGCACACCAGACACAGUUACCACUACCAGCACACCCCCCGUCUCCUGGCCAAUGCUCCCCUGGAUCCGCCGUGAAGUGCUCCGCGGACCGAAAAUCAAUAACCUCCAUCCCAGUAGCUUCGGGUCUCAGGCCGAAUCCAUACUCGCUAACUACCCGCUUCAUCAGGACUGCUCCGGGAACUGCACUGAGUGCAGCACAGAGAGCUUUAAGCACUUGACUGAAAGGGACUGCACUUGCGACUUCGCCGUAGCUGUCUGCCAAAGCCGAGACCGUAAUGGUGUCGUCAAGACAACCUCGCGCGUAGCUGGUUUCAAAACGGGCAUGCUGAACGUUGUGCGGAAAGUACCUACAUUCGACGAGAACACACAAUUUUCACAUGAUUGCGCCCACGCCUGCCACAGCGCGGACCAAUCCUGA